UUAUUUUGAAAAUCUUAGGUUAUGUGGACAAGUGACAAGUGUAUGACAAGUGAAAUGAUUGACAUUUGACAUUGACGUUUAGAUCACAUGGUAGAAUCUGUCAAUCUGUAAUUUGUAAUUUUUUUGCGGACCAUAUUAUAGGUUAAAUAAUUUAGUUUUAUCAACAACAAAUAAAUAAAAGUCCAAUAUUCCAAAUUUAGACCGUAUAUAAGCAUUCAAGAUUUUUAUACUUCCAUUUUCAAACUUAAAAGAUGUCCCUCAGCAAAUCCAAACGGCUCCUGUUAGGUUUAACGGCAGUGUCAGGUGUUGCAACGUAUUAUUAUAUGAAUAAUAACUAUAAAGUUUUGAAUUCUUGGACAACCAAUUAUACACCUUCAUCUUUUGCUAAGUGGGAUGACAACUGGGAUCAUCGCCAUCCCAAAUUCACAACAAAGCCCACCAAAGCUCAUAAUCUUUCAGAAUCUGAACAAAAUGACAUUAAUGAAGAAAAAGAGCUGAAACCCAAAGCAUAUAGACAUAUUAUCCUAAUAAGACAUGGACAGUAUAAUUUAAGUGGUGCUACUGACCAAGAUAGAAUACUUACUAAAUUGGGACGUCUACAAGCGGAAUGUACAGGCAAGAGGUUGAAAGAACUAGAUCUUCCUUAUACAGAGAUUGUAAAGUCAACAAUGACUCGAGCACAAGAGACUGGAUCUCUCAUUUCUCAAUAUUUAACAGAGGUUCCUGUAGUAAAUUGCGAACUUUUAAGGGAAGGAUCUCCUGUUCCUCCAGAACCACCAGUACGUUCCUGGAAACCAGAAAGUUAUAAGUUCUAUCAAGAUGGUUCGAGAAUCGAAGCCGCAUUCAGGAAAUACUUUCACCGCGCUGAUGUCAAACAAGAAAAAGACAGUUAUACAUUGUUAGUAUGCCAUGCCAACGUUAUCCGCUACUUUGUAUGCAGAGCCCUCCAGUUUCCUGCAGAGGCAUGGCUGAGAAUAGCCUUGAACCAUGGUAGUAUAACUUGGAUCACCAUCACACCAAGCGGUAGAUGCAUCCUUAGAAUACUAGGAGACACAGGCCACAUGCCCCCCAAGUUCAUUACCAGCACAUGAUUAGACUAUUAUCACUGAUUUGUUAAAAGUGUCACUAAAUGAAACAACGCGUGCUGUGAUUCAGCCAUUGAAAACAUUUGUGUCCCUUAAAGAGUUGUGUUGUGGCGGAAUUGAACUGAGAUUUGGUGUAAAACUGGUUUUUACUGUUAAAGUGACAUUAUUUUUAAAAGCUCGUGUCAGAUUGUGCAAACCCUAUUUUGUCUCAGAUUUCCCUGCACAGUAUCUGCAAAAAUAAAAGAUUUUUGUAGUUAACUUUGAAUUAUACAGACAUUUUUGGUCGAGUGUUCAAAUUUUUAUAUAAACGUAAGAACAGUAUUAAAGAAAUAUCGAAUGGACUGAAGAUAUAUUCCAAUAUCAGACAUAGUGGGUCGUAUAGAGGCUCAAAAUAUUAGAGUCAUCUGCUAAAAUCGAAGGUUUUGCUUAAAAAUUAUCUAGAACAAAGCUAUAAAAUACAGGUACGUCUAUAUUUUAUUGCAUCACUUUACAAAUUUUUCAAACGGCCUAAAAUAAACCAUUUUGAGUCUUAACCCUAGAGAAACUUCUUAGGGUAAAAGACAGAAAAUAUAAUACGUUGUGAAUAUAAAAAAGAAUGCCAAUAGCAGAGGUGGGAAAUUAUCAAUAGAAACUUAUAAAUUUACAUUAUAUUGAUAGUUUCCCACCUUUAGACAUAUCGGAGGAGUUUGGCAACUACCGCUGUAACAGUGCAAGUUUUAGUUGAAAUAUUCCUUCGAUACGUCUAAAGGUGGGAAACUAUGAAUAUAAUGUAAAUUUAUAGGUUUCUAUUGAUAAUUUCCCACCUCUACUGGCUCUUUCAUCUCUUUUUAUUUCGCAAUGUAUUAUUUAGUUUUAUAAAAAGGAAAGAAUCCCUCUCAUUGGCUGUAUACAUAAUAAAAAUUACUAAAGAAGUAAAAAUCUUCCUUUGCAGAUGGUAUAUAAUUUAUAUAAAAAUUUUUCUAUAAAAGAUCCAAGUUGGACUUAAAGUGGGUACAUCACUGGUACGAUACAAACAAACGUUUUCGGACUAAUCAGUCCAUCAUCAGGUUAAAGUUUAAAAUAAGUAAACCACUAUAUAAAAAUGACAAAGUUAAAUUUUGAAUGUUAAAAAGUUAGGAAAAAUUAAAACAUGUGGUUAUUUACUCCAGAUCCAAAGUAGUUGAAACUAGUUACUGUGGUAGGUCGAAUGACCUUACCAGUAUAAAAAAUAAGCCAUUUCGGCUACAUCGAGAGUGACAAUAAGUCGAUGUUACCAGAUUUAAGUGUAAUUAACCCAAAUUGGAGUCUUCAUUUUGGCUUCAAACUAAAUGGUUAUGUUGAAAACAGUAGGAAACGGACUGAUUGAAAUUUGACAUUGAAAGACUAUUGACAAGACCUUAUAGGUAGGGAAUUUUAUGUAUACAAAGUUAUUUUAUAUUAUAAGAAUGUAAACGAAUUCUAAAAGAUUGAAUUUAAUUAACUAUUAAAUAAAUGAAUAUGAAUGAAUCAGUUGUAAGUUAAUAAUAACCUAGAAUUAUUUAUGAUAAUUCUAUGACUAUUGAAAGCGAAAAUUUUGCCAACAAGGCAAUGACUCACUUGUUCAAAAAGAAGAAAAGAAUAAAGAAAAACAAGAAAAUAAAAGAAAUUUUUUAAGUAAGAUGAAUAUACGGUAAAAGUACUCGUAUUUUAAAUAUGGAGUUUUACAUACAGUCAUAUGAGUACAGUACAUAUGAGUAUAUAAAUUCAGGCAACCAGUUAUACUCCUAAUUUUAUUCAAUUCUGUCAUUUUUAAACUAACUGAAAUUCCAUACCACAAUAGUCAAACUCCAUAUUUAAGUAUUAAUACUUUUACCUUAUAUUCAUCUUACUUAAAAUUUUUCUUUUAUUUUCUUCAGUUUUUCUUUAUUCUUUUCUUCUUUUUGAACAAGUGACGUCAUUACCUUGUUGGCAAAAUUUUCGUUUUCAAUAGUCACAGAGUUAUCAUAAAUAAUUCUAGGUUAUUAUUAAUUUAAACUGAUUCAUUUUAACUUUGUCAUUCUUAUACAGUGGUUUACUUAUUUUAGACUUUAACCUGAUGAUGGACUGAUUAGUCCGAAAACGUUUGUUUGUAUCGUACCAGUGAUGUACCCACUUUAAGUCCAACUUGGAUCUUUUAUAGAAAAUUUUUUUAAAUAAAUUAUAUACCAUCUACAAAGGAAGAUUUUUACUUCUUUAGUAAUUAUUAUUUAGUUCUUAGUGCAUUCAUCACUAUAUAAAGCGUGUAGAACGUUGAUCUAUAAAGCAUGUGUAAGACCAGUACUAAAACAAUAGAUGAAACUUCGCUUCCAGUAAGGUUGAUAAGAACUACAGAAAUGAAAAUACUAAGAACCAUAAGAAUUUCUCUCAGAUAGAAUAAGAAAGAGGAUACAUUAAGAGAAACUGGAGUGCAGGCAGCGGUGAGAUGGACACGAGCACGACGCACAGUCACGAAAACCUGGCCAAAAUGCAAAAAUUUAAGUUUAUAUAUUCCGAGAAAUUUUAUGUGAAUCUUGCUCUGUAGGUUUCGGAGGAUCAUAAACGGCCGUUGUGCGUAGAACAAUACAAGCAUAUCACAUAUUUAUAUUAGUGUAAAGUUGGGAUUGAACGAAAGCGGACCGAAUAAAAUUAAAGUGUUAUAAAUUGAGGCAUUGUUAGGUGUUCGUUUAAAACUAUAGACGUGUAUUAUUUUGUUAUUUUAUCUUUCUGUCCAUUUCUUGAGGUAAGUGGAGUAUUUCAAUAUACUUUUGAGAUUCUUUUUCCUAACAUAAACUUUAUUUACAACAUAUUUACAAAAUGAUGGCAAGAAUCUUGAAUCGUUUUCUGUUUACCAAGUUGUAAAAUGGGAAAAAUAAAAAAGUCAGCUUUGGUCAGCAAAUAUUUUUUGCUUAAUAAAUAAUUCAAUAUGUAUAUAAAUAUUCCUCAAGAAAUUAUCUGCAACAAGUUGCAAACUUAGCGGAAUUCUUCAUUUUAAAAAACUGUAACAUGCUGGAGAUUUUCUACAUUAAGAGACUUUAAUGUUAUGGUCAGUUAAUAAAGUAAGAACAAAAUAUGAAGCAGUUGAUCCAGAAAAUUUAUAGUUUUGUUUUACACAAGAACCACAGUUUUUUGUUUUUUUUGCUUCUUCUUUUUUUUUUAAUCUUUAAGUCAUUUUUACCUUUAUGUAUAGGUCUAUCUUUUUGUCUUCUUAUUUUUAUAUUUCUUAAUAAUUUUGGUCGUGUGAGCCCAAAAAUUUUGCCUUUUUUUAAUAAAAUACAUAAACGAUACUUUAUAUUAAGAAGCCAAAAAUAGGUAGGUCAACUCUUAAUACAUCUUAAUUGUUUUGUAAAUGGAUCCGAUUAAUUAUAAUUAUUACCUACCAAUGUGUGACUUCUUAACACAAAGUUUCGUUUAUGCAUUUCAUUUUUAAAAAAUUUAAAUUUUUGGCUCACACGACCAAAAUUAUUAAAAAAUAUAAAAGUAAGGAAGCAAAAACAGGAUUAUACAUAAGAGUAAAAGGACUUAAAUAUUAAGAAAAAGAAGAAAGCAAAAAAAUAACAAAAAACGGCGGCUCUUGUGUAAAAAAACUGUAAAUUUACUGGAUCAGAUGCUUCAUAUUUUGUUCUUACUUUAUUAACUGACCAUAUAACAUUAAAGUCUUUUCAUGUACAAAUUCUCCAGCAUGUUUAUAUUUCUUUAAAAUGAAAAAUUCCGCUAAGAAUGCAUUUGGCUGCAGAUGAUUGUUUGAGGAAUAUUUAGUUUGAGGCCGUGGCCAUGCCCAUGUCCAUGGGCAUGGCCACGGCCCCCUAGCCUUUCUGUUGCUUUAAACUAUAAUAUAUUGUCAUCCAAAGUAUACAAAAUGUAAUGUGCAACAUCUUCACGUCUGGCCCCUCCCCUAAAAAAUUUUUAGAUGGGCGCCGAUGUAUGAUCUGCUUGUAUUUUUCUACCCUUAACGGCCGUUUAUGAUUCUCAAAAACCUACAGAGCAAGGUUCAUAUAAAAUUUCUCAGGGUAUACCUAUAAACUUAGAUUUUUACAUUUUGGCCAGGUUUUCGGCGAAAUUCACCACUGUGCGACGCACAGUGGUUCCAAAUGCUGAAAAGGUGGUCAUGAACCUUUAAAAGCGUAUAUUGUUUAUACAUUUUGGAAUUACUUUCGUUCUUAAAGGGUUUUUGGUAUCGCUGACUACGAAUCUGGUAUUAUUUUUUCUGAAAAUCAAAAUGGCGGAUCCAACAUGGUGGAGAGAAAUUGAAAAUAUCAAUAAAAAAGGAAAAUUUUUUGUCAAAUUUGGUAGGUUAAGGUCGCUGAUAACAAAUCUAACAUUACUUUUUUUUUACAAAAUGGCGGAUCCAAUAUGGACGAAAGAAAUUCGAAAAUUUUAUUUUAGCCGCAUUUUUGUUUAAAAUGUUAUAUUAUAAAUGACUUUUGAAACUGCUGAUUACCAAUACAUUUUAUUUAUGAAGUACAAUAUUCAGAACCCAUUACUUAUGUACAACUGCCCAUACAUACUCAACAAUCGCCAGAAUCAUGUAAUAUGCGUCAUUUCCCACUUGUGUAUUCAAACAACUGCCAGCAAUGCAUAGGCAGUUAUAGGCAGCUAAACCAAAGUAAUUCUGUAUCUCCUUACUAUAUAUUUUAAGACUAAUAAACAUUAGUCGCAGAAUUAUGCAGAAUUUUGUACUUUUUGAAUGCAUCUUUACAAAAUUUUAAUAAUUCAAGUAUAUUUUCACUAUUUAUGCAUUAACAAAUUUAAGGCAUUUAAUGUUAAUAAUUGUUGAUUUAAGUUACAUCUUACAUUACUACAUACUUAAAAAAGAAGUAUCUGCUUUACAGCGAUAAAAUUGAUAAACUGCAAAACGUUUUACAGCGUUUUAAAUAUGCGCGUUCUUUUUCACUUUCUCUGUCGGCCAAAAUGACCCCGGACAUGGCCCACUUGUUCCUGAGUUGUGAACCAGAAUACAUUCAGUUUGAUCCUCAUACCAGCGUUUUAGGACUCUACAAUAGUAUGAGAAAACAACUGUAAACAUGAAAAUCCCUAAAUAGUGAUUCCUUUUUUCGCCUCAUGACCACGUUUUCAGCAUUUGGAACCACUGUGCGACGCCUCGAAUGGAGAGAUCAUAUCGACAUAAUAGAUCUACGAAGAAUCGAUCGCGAAAUCGACAAAAAACAAACUCAAUACUAGGAAGAUUCCCCCGAAGAGGUGGUAUGACAGCUGGACAUUAACAUCACAAGAGCUGGUAUGUCAGCUGGACAUUAACAUCACAAGAGUUUAUUGUUAUUUCACAAAGUGUAACAGCUCAAUAAUAUACAUAUAAAUAUAAUAUGUACUUUGCUGUUUAUGUAUAGUAGCUUCUUUUAAACAAAAAGUCAAAUUUUAUCAGGUGACUCUAACUUUAUCACCCACUGCAGGUAUUACAAUCUUGAUACCAUAUCACAGAUAUUAAAGAUACUAGAUUUAUAUUAAAUUCAGAGUUUGUGAAAUUUUCAGAUUCACUUUUUUCAUAUACAAUUGGAAUGCUAUUAUUUUUCCUAAAGAUAUUUUCAAAAAUUUAUCUUUUGUUGAUAACGAAUGCUGUGAAAUUCUUACUUUGUAUAAUCUUUAUUAUAAUUUUAAGGCUCUUUUGUAUGAAGAUUUGUCUAAAUAUGUUUUGGACAUAAGAUCUUUAAAAACUUUGGAAAGUUGUACUUAUUGGAUAUUCUCUAACAUAAUAUAUUCGCAAAAAGUGCGAGAAAUUCAAGAAUAUAGCAUGAUCACCUUUCCAGCAGUAUCGUAAUAUAGUGGUGGUGGGAGUAUAGUGGUACCAGCUAUCUAAAAGACUCGGUGCUAUGGUUCGAGAUGUGAAAUUACAUAAAUAAGGGAUCAUUUCAUAAAACAGGUAUGUAUAUCUCUUGAAUAUUAAUGACUCUCUGAGAAAGCUGGUACUACGAUAACAGGCGAGUAGUACCUCGUCGUGUAUUCGAGGAUUAUGAUCUGUUCACGUGUAAUGGUUUAAGCGUGCUUUUUCUUAAAUGAGAAUAUAUUAUAUUAUAGUCUAUUGCAGUGGUUCCCAACCUUUUAUGUCUGGCGACCCACCUUCUGAUAUUUUUUCAUAUUCGCGACCCAUCCCGCACCCAUGAUGAUAGUUACACAUAUACAUAUACGUUAUUCAGCUGCUGUAAGAGCCUCGCCGCGACCCACCUGAAAUCCGCCCGCGACCCACUAGUGGGUCGCGACCCACCGGUUGGGAAACGCUGGUCCAUUGCAAUAAGUAUGUCUUUAAAUGUUUUUUUUAAUAUGUUUAUAUUUGUAUAGUGCCAAUGUUUUGUUAUUUAAAAUUUACUAUUUUCUUUGGCGAAUGACCCUGUAAAAAUGUUAGAAUAAAGACAAGCUAGUAUGUUA